GACCUAGGUGACAACAUGGUGGUGAAUAGGAGGGCGGGUCUUCAUGUGUGCUCUGUCGAGGGGCGCGUUGGCCCAAGUUGUGAGAGACAUAAUCCAUCUCCUCAGUUCUUGAUGCUUCCCUUGUCGCUGCUCAAGACAGCGCAGAAUCACCCCAUGCUGGUGGAGCUGAAGAAUGGGGAGACGUACAAUGGGCACCUGGUGAGCUGCGACAACUGGAUGAACAUCAACCUUCGAGAGGUGAUCUGUACAUCGAGGGACGGGGACAAGUUCUGGCGAAUGCCCGAGUGCUAUAUCCGCGGCAGCACCAUCAAGUACCUGCGCAUCCCUGACGAGAUCAUCGACAUGGUGCGAGAGGAGGCUGCCAAGGGCCGUGGGCGAGGGGGGCCACAGCAGCAGAAGCAGCAGAAAGGCCGCGGCAUGGGCGGCGCUGGCCGAGGUGUUUUUGGUGGCCGGGGCCGGGGUGGCAUCCCAGGUGCAGGACGAGGUCAACCAGAGAAGAAGCCAGGGCGGCAAGCAGGCAAGCAGUGAACGGGCACAGCCUGAGUGGAGCUCUGGAUGGUGGGCUAGCCUCUGGGUGCCUCUCCUUGAAGCCCCUGGCUUCUACUGACUCAGUUUCUGGGAGAUUCCAAGUCGGAGGCUGCUGUGAAGCCCUGGAUGUUCUUUGAAGGGCUGCCUUCUUCCAGGCUUGUUUUGAGUUUCAUGUUGGAGCCACAGGCUCAGCACAUGUCAGGCUGGCCUGUCCUCCCCUGCCUACCCCACCCCCACCUGUUCUGUUAGGAAAAUAAAGGAAGCAUCACUGAGAGCCAGCCCUGCCCUCCAUCAGGUGCAGCAAUUCCACGAGCA